UAAAAUUAAAAAUGAACGUUCGCUUUAAAACCUUUAGUCUCAGCCUUUUAUGAAGCUUUUUCCUAGGAGUCCUGGUCAAGGGCCAGACCUGAAACCUUGGAGAAUUUGAAGAGUACGGCCAGUGAUUCCAGUGCCAUGCCUCUUGCAAGCAGUGAGAGGUCUUCGGGCAAUGAAGCAGUUGUAAUGAUGGCUUUGUUCAUAAUGAAACGACAGGCUUGUGUGAUUACAAAAACUGUCCAGAUGGGCAGUUUUACUCUGCCUCAGUUGAGGGAUGUGUAGACUGUGAAGAUAGCUGAGAUAGCAGCACUCAAAUACUCAUCCAAGACCCACAGCUGCAUAAUAUUCCAGUCUGUAGGAGCUUUGAUUACUAUGUGAAUAUCAACAGUGGGAGUCCUGUUGAAUUAGGCACUAGGGGUCACCCUUAUAAGCAUAUAGACUCUGCUUUUAUAGAAAUUAUGAACUUCCACAGCCAUAGUGAGAGAAACAUCACUAUUUAUGUGAUGGAAGGAACUACAAUGUUUAUCAAUACUGUGACUUAUUUCGUUAACAUCACGCAUGUGCAGAUUGAAGCCUAUAACGAUAACGGCAAUACUUUAGGGAUUGCUAGAAUGGUCGGAAUUAAAGAAAGUUCCAAAGUCAUUGGUGCAGCAUUUCCAACAAAGUUUAAUAUUCUAAGUGGCAAGACUUUCAAGACAGAUGAGAUGCUAUUUGACAAUAAUGGUUUUGACUCCAAUGAUAAAGUAGGACUUCUAGUUCAAAAUGCCUUGUUCAAACCCUUGCAUGCAGGGCUGAUCAUCAAAAAUUUUCGAGUGGUAACUGACUAUGAAGACCAACCACGUGAUCAUGAGAUUUUUGAGCCAUACAGAGUUGACCAAAGAGUUUUAGGGAUGAUCAAUUGCGACCUCAGAAUACAUGGAUCAUUUCUGAGAGCAUUCACCACUGUCUUCAAUUGGCACAUGGAAAACAUUGUACUCGAAACACAAUACUUAUACAGGUUCUGCAUACUUAGUCUAAGUUGAGGGUCUGAUGGAACAGAUAUGGGAACAAGGAGUUAUAUUAAAAAUUUUACUGCAAUUAAUUCUGGAGGAAAGCCAUCCUAUCUACAAGGAGCACUCCCCUUCUUCAGAUAUCAUAUCUCUAAUGAUUUACAUUUCGAGGAUGUUUAUAUUGAUAGUUACCUUGGAUAUCUUCCGAGGACAGGACAGUAUGCUUUUUAUUUUGACCCAAAGAAUUGAUAUAUUACUAAGUCAAAUACUUGGAACUUCACUAAUGUUCAUAUCACAUCUUCAAGGCACGAAGAUGGAAAAAGUACUGAAUUUGGGAGCACAAGUAAUUUAGUGUUCGCUCAGUCAGCUCCUGUGGACGGUGUCCUGCAUAUACAUUGUAAUAAUAUUACAUUUUCUAAUGACAGUAAUAAAUUUGUAGGACAGUUUGUUGGCUGGUCUACCAUAAAUGCGAUCUAUCAUGUCGAUGGCCUCCAUUUCAAGAAUACAGAUGGAUUUUUAAUAAAUAUGAAAUCGCUCAAAGAAAUUUAUUACAAGAAUCUUACUUUUGAAAAUGUCACUACUGACAUGCCCUACAUGGCGUAUCAUAAUGUUGAUAAGAGGGUCGAGCUUGAUGGUCUCAUGUUCGAUGGAGUGAUUGAUUCUGGCUCUUAUCUGACCUCUCUUUUUCAUAACAAUAUCUUAGAUGGGUCAAGUUUUGUACUGAAGAAUUUUGAAAUCAAGAACUCUCAAAUUUUGAACAGAAGAGCUGUCUUUUUCACAACUGGUAAAUCAGAUAGUACUUAUGUUGUAAGCAAUGCCAAGUUUUAUGAUACUAUAAUAGGGGGAGAUGCUGCUCUUCUUGGCUAUGGAAUAUUCAGCCAGAUUAAUAUCACAAAUGUCCAUGUGCUUAGAACUAAGUCUGCAAAUCAAGGAGAACAUUUUACUAUUAAGAGUGAUUAUACCAGUGAAGGAUCGGCUCCGAAUAACAUCCAGAUAUUCAAAGAUAUCGUUAUAGAGCAAUCUUCAGUCUCAAUGCUAUUGAUCUCUAAGCCUGAUGCUGCAACUAAUGUCACCCAAUCAUUAAGCAUCACAAACAUCACUUAUAAAGAUUCAGAAACAGACUUAGCUUUGGAGCUAUUCAAGAUUUAUCGAAUGGCAACUCCUGGGUCGUACUCGAUCUCAAUCCAAGAUGUUGUAUUCUCUAAUCUCACUUUCGGAUUAGAAUCUAAGCUAAUGUAUUUCCAGCAGCAGUUAUCAAGCCCUGCUUUAGUGACUAACUUAAAUAUCUCUAACACUGUAAAUGCUGGGAUAACUGUGGAGGCAUAUGACACCAAUGAAUUCUACAACAGCACUCAUGUGACCUUCUCAAAUAUUAAAGCUACUAACGUAGAUGGCAGGGCAAGAUCAUUGAUUAAUAUCUAUAAAGGAGCUGAAAUAGAAAUUAUGAAUUCAGAUUUCUCCUUUAUUGGGAAUUCAGCGAAAGGAGCUGUGCUUUCAGCUGGAGUAGAGAGAGCUAUAGCUGUCCUGAGGAAUUGCACUUUUUGGAAUAAUACAGCUGUUGAAGGAGGAGUUUUUGAAAGUGAAUCUCUGAGUAGAGUCAAGUGUUAUGAAUGUUCGCUCUAUAACAACUUUGCUAUCUCUGGAGGGGUCUUCAGAGCUGAUGCUGAUGGAAUUUUUGAGCUAUACAACUCUACUAUUUAUAAUAAUUUUGCUCUUGCAGGAGCUGUCUCAGAACUAUUUUCAACACAAAUCGAGAGCAUAUUCAGUAAUUGCAACAUUAUCUCUAAUUUUGGAGUCACUGAGCAAGAGAUUAAGGAGAAUAUACUGCCUCAAGGGUAUAUUUAUCAAUCUUUUCGCGAUUAUUUAGCAGCAAAUCAGUAUCUUUAUGAGUCAGAGACCCCUUUCUCAUGAUUUAAAAUGAUUAUGGCAAGACUUUCUAUUAGUGAUACUAACUUUAUCGGGCAAAAAUAUGUGAUGUAUGCUACUGGAUCAAGAAUUUUCAUGGAAAAUCCUAUUUUCAAAGACACAGUUCUUGUUUCUAGCCUAUUGAGUAUUAGUGAAUCAGAUGUAGAAAUGAGCAACACUAUUUUCAUUAACCUCACGUGCAAUGAUGACUCGCAACAACUGAUACUUUUUGUGAAGGCAUUUGCUGAAAUCGAUCAACUCGACUACUCAGACUCAAAUUGAAAGCUAAUAAACUCUGGCUUAUCUCAAGUUUCUCUUAUGAAUUCAAACAUCAGGCACAUCUCAGUGGGCAAAAACAACUUGAUAUCUCUAUUAAAUUCAAAAAGCACAGAUCUUAACAAUGAAGGAGACCCAGUAGAGACUUCAAUCGUUAGCUCAAGUUUCUUCAAUAUCUCGACUACUUUAGGCCCGAUGAUUUAUAUGAAGGAUUGUGGAAUCCAAAGAAUUUUUAAUAGCACAUUUGUAAAGACUGAUGCAGAAGCCUUACGUUUAUUAAAUACCAAUGUUAGCACAAUUUCUGCCUGUGAUUUUAUUGAGAAUAAGGAAUGUAUCAAUGCUAUUCGAACAAACCUAGGGACUAUUGGUCAAUGCAAAUUUGAACUCUGCGGAGAUCUCAGUGUAAAAUUUGGAGGAGCAAUUAAGCUUGAAGCAAGUGAAUCCAAAAUCCUUAGAAGUAACUUUAGUCAGAAUCAGGCUGAAUCUGGUGCUGCCAUUAGUAUUCAAUGUAGUUUCGGCCAGACCUGAGUUAACGAAUUUCAGGAUUUGGAAUUUGUGAAUAACACUGCUGCAGAAGUAGGAGCAGGAAUUUAUUACAACAUGCACAGGCCCUUAAUGAAGAACAUAAAGAAUACUGGAAAUGUAGCUAAAUAUGGGCCCAACAUAGCAAGCUAUCCUGUCAGGAUCGUACAGAGAGGCACAAAUACAAACAAGGUGUUGCUUGACAAUGUGGCUAGUGGACUCCAAUAUGAAGAAAAACUAGAGUUUGACUUAGUAGAUUUUGAUGGCCAGAUUAUGAAUUUGGAAAGCAGUAAUACAAUCAAGAUCCUCAUUGAAGAUUCCAGGAUUUCUAUUAAAGGCACUGACUUUGGUAAACUAGUGAAUGGACAGACAGAACUUACAAACUUAAUAUUUAUUGGAGAAGUUGGGCUACAGAAUGUGAAAUACAAGUUGACUUCAAAAGCUAUCGACCAGAAUAUGUUAAAUGAAAUUUUGGGCCAUACGGACGGAAUGUACGACAACUAUAUAGAAGUUUCUUUUAGAUAUUGUAACUCAGGAGAAAUACAGACUGCAAAUAAGCAAUGUGAAGAAUGAAAACCCACCACUUAUUCUUUUGGAUGGAAUUCAACCAGCUGCUCACCUUGAAUGGACUUUGCAUCAUGCAGCGGAGAAGAUCAAGUUAUUGUUGAUAAAGGUUACUGGAGGAAAACAGUUAACUCAUCCACAAUUAUUGAGUGACCUAAUGAACAAGCAUGAGAGGGAGGGUAUUACCCAAACAAUGAUGAUCCCCCUGUGAAAUGUUCAAAAGGAUAUAAAGGCAUAUUAUGCACUCAAUGAGACAUAGUAGAUGGUACAAAGUAUCAACCCAUGAGUAACUUCAUUUGCAGCAAGUGUCCAGAUCCAAUGAUAAAUACAAUCAGAGUGAUAUUCGUGUCAUUAAUUGCAUUUAUGUUCUUGAUGUUAUUAAUAUAUGUAAACCUCAGGAAGAAGAAAGAGAGUCAGUUGUCGAUUCUGUUUAGAAUCUUGACGAAUUAUUUGCAUUUGAUCACAGCUUUCUUUACUUUUGGCUUUAAUCUACCUGACAGCUUCACAGGCUUGUUUUCAUUCACAAAUAGGGUAUCUUCACCAGACGAAAGUUUCCUAUCAUUUGAUUGCUUUGUGAGAGAUCAUGAGAUACAGGCCUUUGCUCCAUCUAAUUCAUUAUUCAAGAUAUUCUUGUAUAUCUUUUUCCCUGUUUUUCUGAUUGCACUGGUAGCUCUAGCCUUUGUGUGCAUCAAAUUAGGCCACUGGAUAAUCCAAGGAAUAAAAAGUUCAGAUUCUGAGGAACAGAGAAAAAGUUUAUUUAACUUUAAAAGAGCUAUUGUGGUUUCCAUGAUCUGCAUUAUUUUCCUCUUUCAUCCAACUAUUACAUUAAAAGCCCUAUCUUUGUUCCUAUGCACUCAGAUAGAUGAAAAUGAUUACAGAAUGACUUAUCAUAUGAAAUAUAGUUGCUAUUCUAAAGAGCAUGUCACAUGGAUAGCUGUGGAGGCUAUUCCAACUUUCAUAAUCUGGGUGGCAGGGCUCCCAUUGGUUGCUCUAUGGGUUCUCAUUAAGAACAGAGAGAGUCUGAAUGAAGUGAAGAUACAAAGCUACUUUCUAAUAUUAUACCAAGGGUUUAGGUCCGAGUGAUUUUAUUGGGAGUUCUUAAACUCUUUCAAGAAGUUCUUGCUGCUAUCAAUCCACUCAUUGCUGAACACUUCCUCAGUGAAUUACCAAAUAGCUCUGUCUGUCAUUUGUUUGGUAGGAUUUUUUUACUUCCAGAAGUACAUGCAACCAUUCAAAACUAAAGAGAAUAACCAAAUCGAUUUGCUCGCAUUAGAAACAGGCAUCGUGACUAUCUACUCUGGGUUUAUUUUAGCAGUCGGUCAGGACAUUCAUGAAGGAUUCGAACUGAUGGCCUUGGCCUUAAUAACUGUUGUUAACGGCUAUUUCUUGCUUAACUGGGCUUAUUUCCUGAUGGUAGCACUAGAAUGGAAGAAUCAGAAGUUCAUCUGCCUUGUCAAUACUCUUGGUGGAAUCUUGUGCAAGGCAAAAAUAGAUAUUCCAAUAAUAAAAUCUACAACAAGUAAAGUGAGCAAAAAGAAAUCACAGAAUAAAAAACGCAAAGGCAAAUUGAAGGUUUUUAAGAAAAGAGUGUAUCCAAAGAGGAGGAAGAAGGGGAAAACUUGGACAAAAACAGAUUUGAAAAAGAACAAUAAGAAAAAAUUAGUAAUACUUGAAGAAGAGAAAUCUUAUGAAGAUUAAAUUUAUUUUAUUUAAGUCCCAUCAAUCUU